UUGGGCGGAUGUUAAAACCAGAUUGCGGGGCCACUCGAACGCACAGUCCGAUUUCAACAGUUGUCAGGGAACGACAGCGACGACUACGGUUCGACCGACGACUACCGAAGAAGAUCCUCUCCGUUCCGUUCAGUGUACUCUUCCUCAAUCACCCUUGGGAGCAGAAAAAAAAGUGCGCGGCCUUUGGAAUUCUGACUUUUUCCGCGGUGGUUUUUUGUUUCUUUCCUCAAGUGCUUCUGGUUGCUUUGUAGAGAACGGAAAAGAAGGUGCAAUUUUCUGAGCAAAGAUAACCUGAAGAAUCUGGACCAGUACGGUGCGGGAAAGAAGAGCGAUCGGUGCAAAAUUGCCUUUUCUGGCGGUUGGCUGUUUUUCUGUCGGAAGACUCUGUUCUUGUUGGAGAGCUGAUUGAAUGCUGCAGAACCGCAGUGACAGUGUGUCCCUGAAGUGUGCCUAGUGGUGGACCUGAGAAGUUCUGAGUUCUACGAGUGAUCUCCAUACCGUACAUAACGAAAAGUGCAGUGCAAUCUCCUGUCUCUGUGUGCCGAGUGAAGUUUUGACCUACUGAAAGAGAAGUACAAUCUAAAGCAACAGCAGGAGCCAGCUGUCCAACGCAGCCGAAGAAAGAGAUUGAGACACACUCACUACACUGGUGGGAGCUAGCGAGCAGAGCAGAGCAGAAGUUCAAGUUCAAGUUCGGAACGGGCUGAUCGAGUCGAGAGGAGGCGAAAAUGAAGUUGAUUUUAGUGACGUGUAUUCUAUCGACGCUGAUGCUAAGCAUACAAUGUCGCCCCCAGGCAGUGCAACCGGUCGAGCAUCGUACCACGGCGGACGUCCUGAAGCUGCCCUUCUACGGUGGUGCCCGCGGUCAGAUCCUGGAGAUUCGCAAAAAUUCCGACGGCACUGUGGUGAGCAAGAUCCUGCGCGGUGAAGACGAUGAAGACAUGGAACUCAAGGUGCACCAGAUCGUGGACGAUCUGAAGAACAACGAGGAAAUCCUGGCCGAGGAUGACGAGAUCAAGGCCGCCGAUCAGUCGUUCGGGGACUACCUGACGAACAUCCAGAAGGCCGCCGCCUCGUUGGUGACCCUGCAGGAACAGGUCAAGAAGACGGGCAAACUGUCGACCGAUCAGAAGCGAAUCUACGCCGACAACCUGGAACGACUGGGCGUGGCAGCGCAGAAGCUGGCACAUAUCCAGCAGCAGGACGGUGAUCACGAUGCGAUCAAGUUUUUGUUCAACACCGAUUACGAUGCGAGCGUUGCCGAUGCGCAGAAGAAGAAGACCUCCUACAAGGUCACGUCGUUCCCCGGCUACAAGGGCAAGGAGGAAGAGGAGAAGCUGAAGAAGCAGGAAAAGAAGAAGGAGGAGGAGGAAAAUGUCGGAGAGGAGGAAACCGCGCAGGGAAAUGAUAGCGUUCAGGUCAACUCGCCCGAACAGGAGGCCUCGAUUGCGGAAGCGAAACCAGUCGGUCUCGCCAUUGCCGGUGAAGGAGGUGUCGCUUCGUCCAAACCCAUCGCCACUGCCGUCGUCGGAGAUGGAGGUCUUGCCGUUGCCCGUCCCGUUGCCACCGCCAUUGCCGGAAUCAAGCCUAGCGAAAUCGGAUCACUAGGUCUGCCCAUCUCGGUCAACAAGAAGCUGGUCACCAAAGGAAAGUACGGUCUCGUUGCCGCCGAUCAGGACCUCCCAGCCGGACUUCUAGUGGGACCAGGAUUCCAGGAAGCUCGCGUUUCGCAGAACGAAAUUGAAGCCGAAAUCGACGACGCUCGACAGCAGGUCAUUGGACAAUCCGGAACGCUGGCUCCCCACUUUGACACCGAAAAGUUCCUGGCCAGUUUGAGACUGAAGGCCAAGCAGCAGCAACAGCAAGCCGAACAACUCCGGGAACAACAGCAACAACAGCAAUAUGGUGCAGUUAACUCUCCUACCAUUGCUUUCCAGCAACAGCCCUUCAUCCCACAGUCCUAUCCAUUCGCCACUGCCGCUGAUUACAUGAACAGCGCUCAGUAUCCUAUCUACACCCCUAGUUAUACCCCUUACUACUACAACCCCUACGCCGCUUAUCAGAAUCCCCUCGCCCUUCUUGCCUACCAGUAUCAGCAACAGCAGCUGGCAUUUCAGUCCCAAUACAAUCCCUACCUGGUCGGUACCAAUCCCCUUCAGCAUUCCUUUCAGCAGUAUGAGUAUCCACAACGAACUUACUAUUCCGCUGCCAUCGCCGCCGCCGCCCCAUCGACCGCCGCCACUCCGGCCGCUGCCUACCCAAGCUAUUACAAUUAUCCAUCCUUCUCAACCCCGUCGCCAUACAGAUUUUUCUACUAUUAGUUUCCUGAUCAACAGCGGAGGAAGUGAACCGUACGUUCUAAGUAUCAGCUCAAAUGGGAAGUAAAACAAACAAGACUUGAAACUCGUUCCAGCAAACCUCGCCGGAGUGGGGGACCUCUCGGUCUGGGCAUUUUGGGGACCCAAAAAUAAAUCAUAUAAAAAUAUAAUGCGAGAAAAUUAAAACUUCGGUGGAACAAUUUUGUAGAUCUUCCUGUCCGGGUGGCGGAACUCGGGCUACUCGUCCCGGGAACGGGUGCCCCUCCAAGCCAGCUCCUAGCCUACCGAGACGGUGAAGAUCUACGAGACCCCGAGACCCAUUCCGUGGGAUGCCAGUCAACCAGCAGCAGAGGUGGAUCCCCCUGCCGGACGAGUGGAACUCAAAUCGAUACAAAUAGGUUAAGGUUAUACUUUCCCAUGUUAGGCGAGUAGGCAAUAGUGAAACAAUUUCUAGGAGUGAUCGGAGGGAGCGAAAGCGUAAACGUCGAGUCGUGUAGCGAGCUGUGUAAGCACAAAAAAACACUAAGAUACAAAAAUAGCGUUCUAGUUUGUAAGGUCGGAAUAAAACUUUAGUGAAAUAAACGAAUAAAAAUUA